AUGAUCGGCGACUUUGAGUACUUGCAGCAACGCGUGGCGCUUCGUGUGGACAUCAUGCAGCGCUAUGUGGUAGGUGUGGCUGAGAUAGUUUUGGCUCCUCGAGCUGCUGAGCUGCGUGUACUACGUCUGCAUGCGCGACAAUUAAAGGUAAAGAGUGUACGCAUUGACGGCGUACAGGCGAAUUUUGAGCAACUUAAUUUCUUGGGCGAGAUUGUUGAUGAAAACUACCGGGAUUUAGCGACGUUUGACUUAUUUUAUCGUGGCGCGAUUGUUGCUUCUAAAGAGGGUGAACUUAUUAUUGAGAUUCCACGGGAAAUUACGUUUAAAGUGGACGAAGAGAAUGCUGAGGAUCCAAGCAACUUGAGUGAUUCUCGGACUGACAAUGAGGACAACGAGACAGAUGUUGGUACUUCAAAACAACAGAAGGUUACACUUGAUGCAUGGGACCUUGACCGCUAUCCCAAGAGCUCUACAGGCUAUAAACCUGUAAUUGUACGAGUCGAAUAUGACAUUACCGAGCCCACGGGCGGUCUAAGAUUCGUUCUACCAGACGACCAGUACCAGCCUAAAAGGAGCCCUCAUAUGUACACGUAUUGUGGACCAUUUGGUGGUCUUUGUGAUGGAGCGCGCUCAUGGAUGCCAUGUCGAGAUACAUUACGAGACGCUUGUACAUUUCGGAUUGAACUUACGGUACCCGAUUGGUGUGUAGCUGUUUGUAGUGGACAAAUGGUGCAACAAGUUUUAAAUCCAGAGACAGAUGCUGAUGGGGGACAAUGGAGAACUUUCAAGUAUGUAGUUAAUCCUAAGACUAAUUGCUCGUCUAUUGGCUUUGCGGCAGGACCUUUCCGACUCUAUGUUCCUUCUGAAAUGCCCCGAAUGACCCAUUUUGCACUCCCAGAAUGUUUUGAAGAUCUCGUACACUGUACAUCUAAGUUAUCGUCAGCCAUGACGUACUUUGAAGGAGCGUUAGGAGUGCCAUAUCCAUUUAAGACUUAUCAGCAAGUGUUUGUCGAAGAUUCCCCAGAUCAAUUGCAAUAUAUUGCGGGAGGUGCCAUUAUGGAUCAGAAUUUAUUACAUGGCCCUCGCAUUAUUGACCGUGAAUUGCCAUCGCAUUUGGCGCAAGUAAAAGCACUUGUAGGUAGUUGGAUUGGCGGUGCAGUUGGAAUUCAGAGUACAAAGGAUGCAUGGGUACUUAUCGGCGUUGUUGGACAUCUUGUUAACACAUAUGUUCGCUCUAUAUACGGUGAGGAAGAGUAUGGAUAUCGUAUUCAACUAGCGAUGGAUGCAUUGACGACAAUGGAAUUGACUACGGAUCAAAACUCCCCUGCGUUGCUGUCCUCAGAAGUUGAUGUGUACUCAGAAUACGACCCAUUGUCUCUAACGCUUUUGGAAAUAAAAGCCCCUCUUGUGCUGCAUAUGAUCGAACAACGCGUAGGCCCUAAACAUUUAAGUAUUGCAAUUCAACGAGCGGUGUCUGGUUUUGGAUCUGGUACUAGUUCUGCAAUUAGUGGUGGGGCUGAUGCGGCUGCGAGUGGGGAUGGAAACAAAGAGGACAGUUCUGGAAAGACAAACGAAGACAAAAGGAGCGCCGAUGAUGAGGGUGAAGCUGGUGGAGAUAAUACGACUGGCAGUGCAUCAGGAAAAGGAGGAAAUGGUGUGACUUCGUCGGAGCCUCUGACCACACUUUCGUUCUUGAAAACUGUAAAGACGAUCGCGGGUGCUGCUGGUCAGGACCUCACCAAGUCGUUUCUUACGUCGUGGAUUAUAGAACCUGGAAUGCCUUUUUUUACGGUCGGAUACUGGUAUAAUCGUAAGCAGACACAGGCAGAAGUCGUAAUGCAACAAGAGAUUCCUCCUGGAGGAAAGCUCUAUACAGGUCCAAUUACCAUAACUAUAGUUGAAGACACAAGUGAGUACACUUACCAGAAGCGAAUUGAGCACAAACGACACAAAUUUGACUUUCCAUGUCACUCGAAAGUUCGAAAGAAACGACGAAAACGACAGGGACUUGCUGAUCCGGAUGACUCUGUAUCUGUUGGUGGACCAGGCAUGGGUUUGAAUGAUACGCCAGUCUUUUGGGUGAAGAUCGACACGGGAUGUGCUUGGUUACGGCAUGUCGUGAUGCAUCAGCCAGAUUUUAAUUGGAUGGAGCAGCUGCUGUCAGACAAAAAGGUUGGAUCGCGUGUACAUGCUGCUCGUGCCUUAGCACUUUUUCAUAGACCUCACGAAAAGCCUAAUGUCAUGUCUUGUCGAGUUCUUACUGAGUGUAUGAGUGGAUUAACAACGCACUCGAGACGACUGCGUGCCGAAGCAGCUCAGUCACUUGGAAUUUGGCAAUCCAUUCACGCACCUCUCACAAAUGCCAACACUUCGCUUCCUAUUUGGAAAGCGAUGCACAACCUGGUGCGUAUAUUUAAGGAGCACUUCUUUGACCGGGCAACCGAUAUGCCAAUGCCUAAUUACUUCUUACCCUCGGGUGGUAAAGUGAUUUUAGAAGCGCUAGGUGCCCAACAGGCAUCGGUCUCAAGUAAACAGAUACAAGUUCAAGACUAUGCUGCUGGUGAAUACGAGAUAAAAAAAAGUAUUCCUAAGGCACUGGCAAUGGUACGAGCUCAGAAUGGCAAGUCACCACCCGAAAUUGAGACUUUUUUAUUACAGCUGCUGACAGAAAAUGACAAUUCAAAAAAUUAUGUGGAAAUGGACGAUCAAUCGCAAGUAGCGGAUGACUGCUACUAUGUUGGCAAUCUUGUCCUUUCCCUAUCCGUACUGAGUUUUGAUCGUCCUGCACGCUCAGAAGAAGGCGAUGUGUUGGUUGUACGCGAGAUCUUGCGUUACCUGCACUAUGAUCAAGUCCAACCCAGUUACAACAAGACGAUCACAGUGUGCUGCCUCGAGGCUUUGUGCAACUUCGUGCUGGCUGGAUGUUGUGAGGAAAAGAUCGUCAACUUUUACUCUUUUUCGUCGCCAAAGCACUCAAACUUUGUUCGUAAAGCGGCAAUCGAGAGUAUUUUACGUCUGUAUUUUGCUGAGGAUCCUAACGGUCCGAGUGGUGAAGGCAACACUGGACUUGGCUACUCGAUUAACUCAGGUGUACGGAGGAAGUCUAAUCGACAAAAAACAUCUUCUUUGCUUGCAACAAGUUAUGGAGCCACAGCUGCAAUGUUGUGGCUUUGUGAGUUUCUUAAAGCGGAACAAUCUCCGGGAAUCCGCUUGUUUGCGGUCCAGGUAUGUCUUAAUUGCAUGCGUGGGUUUCCGCCAGGUGUGGGGAAAGAAGUGCUCGCGACAUGGGAUCACAGUUACACACUGGGAUUGAUGAAUUAUAUUGAGAUGAGAGAACCUACAUCUUUUGUUCUCAAAAGUCCAGAAAAGGACAAAUUUUUUGAGUUAUUCGAUCGCCCUAACUUGUCAAAACUUCGUGAUGAUAGCAGCUCUGCCAAAAGAAUUACAGAAGAGUUGUGGAAUCUGAUGAACAUGACUGCAGCGAUGGACCAGAGAUUGCGAGUAGCAUUAAUUGUUUUGUAUCGAAAGGUGUGGGGUGAAACGACCCCAAUUGCAGUGGCACACAUUGUUCAGGACAAACCAGCGAAUUGGGCAGGAGGCUACGAAAGCCUUCGACAGAUGAUGGAGGAUAGCAAGAAUCGAAUGCAGAUGAAUGGUGGACGUACUGGCCCAACCGUCCCCGAUGACGGGGACCGCAAACGAGGGUUUUCUUCGUCUGCUAGCAGCCCAGCUGAUGCAGCUUUGGAACAAUUUCGUGGUAAAAAGUUCAAAUUUAAGAUGGGUGAUACUACUUUUCGAUCUCACAAAUUAUAA